GGGGAGGAGGUAUGCCAAGAGGCUCAGGACGAACCCGACAGGCUUGCCAACGACCGCAACAGCAGGGACAGGCUCGGGGAAAGGCUCGGGGUUAAGCUCGGGGGAGGUUCGGCAGCGGGAGGAUGGAGCUGGUGAACGUGGAGGGCGAGAUGGAGCGGUACGCGGUGGACAAGUCGUGCCGGCAGUUCAUCGUGUCGUGCCUGCUGGACCUGCUGCACCUGCACUCCCACCACCUCCACCACUCCUGCCGCAACCAGCCCUCCUUCCACCUCCCGAUGACGCCUGUAACGGCCGUGCCGAUUACGCCUAUAACGCCUGCAUCGCCCACCCUCUCUGCUCCCCCGACUCACCCUACAGCGAAGGGUGCGUCCGAGCAGGUGGUAUCUGAGCAGGUUUCAUCUGAAGCAAGGGGGCCGUACAGACUGGCUGAGCUGGCAGAGGUGCUACUGGUGGAGUCAACAGCAGCAACCAACGGCAUGAACCCAAUCGAAUGUGCACAUCUGGACAGGCUGUAUCUGACCCACGGCAGCGUCCAGGGGGGGUUGCACCUGGGCCCAGGGAUCCUCGCCCUAGCUGUUGCCGUCGCCAUGCAGUCUCUCCCGAGCCUCUGGCCGGAUGACGUGGCAGAGAUUGCUGAAUUCCUGGAGGAGAUGGGGUGCGAGGAGGCGGGGUAUCGGGCACGGGUGCGCGUGCUGGGGAGCGUGUACGCUACUGAAGCGGACUGUAAAGAGGUUAUAAGGAGGACGGUGGGCCCGAGGGGGGUCGAGCCGGUGCGGAGGCGGAUACAGAGAGUGGUUGGGGUGGCUGAAACGGCGCUGACACAGGCUCCAACCGAGGCUUCUAGAUCGGCGUAUGUGAGGAGGUUCUGCGAUGCCCUCAUGGACCAGUUGUUGCUGGUGCUUCCCGAGGCUCUCCCGGAGGCUUGGCCCGAGCCUGCUCCCAGGCCACCCCCCAGGAGCCUGAGUGGAGGGGGGAUGAGGGAAAAGGAUGGGGUUGGGACGGAGCUGUUUUCGCCUCCCCCUCUCUCCUGUCCUGCUUCCCUGCCUGCCUCUUCUUCUCUUCCCAACGGGUUCACUGCUACAGGCACUGCUGCUGCUGCUGCUGCUGUUGCUGCUGCCACCGCUGUUGAUGCCGACACAGCAACAGCAGCAGCAGCCACCACUACGGCAUCCACAAACCACCUACCCAAGAACAUCAUCCCCAUGAUCCCAGACUCUGAAGCGGCCCCCACCAUCCCGUGGGUGCGGGAUCUGGCAGAGGCAUACCUUAGACUCAGCCGGCACCUGUCAUUGGACAGCGAAGGCGUGCGGCAGCAGCACGAGCGCCACACGGACGUGUGUGCUUGCAUCAUCCUGAGAUGCCUUGUGGCCGAAGUGGCCCGGGAGAGAGAGGAGGCGAGGGUGGCUGCUGCAGCACCCCCCGACUCUCGUGAUGCUGCUGGUUCUCCUGGCUCGGCUUGUUCUGCUGCUGCAUCUGAUGCGAACGGUGGUGGUGUGUCUGCUGGCCUGCUUGUAGCUGAAUUGGCUGGUGCUGGUGCUGCUGGUGCUGCUGGUUAUGGCACUACUGCUACUGAGGCUGCUGUUAAUCAGCAGGGGAACUCAGUGGUGUCCGACUCCAAAGGCACACUUGAACCUGGAGCGAGCGAGGGCAAGGAAAGCAGCAGCAGAGACGCACAGCAGGAGAGGGAGGAGAGGGACGCGGCGAUGGCGGCGCUGCUGCUGCAUUUGGACAAGGCACCAGGGGGUACGGGGUCACUGGCGUGGAAGGCCAUAGGGCGCAUGCUGGAGAGGCGCAACCCCAACCACCCCGUGCUGCCCGCCGUGUGGGUGCGGGCCGUGCUGAAUACCCACCUGGCUGUGAACGAGGAGGGUACGGGAACGGACGUCGACUCACUCGAGCUCUUCGACUGGUCACUAGAGUCCCUUCUAGUGACCCUCCCAAUGGGCCCUGAAGCAGCGGCAUCUCUUCUCCAAAUCAUCGACUCAGCAGUGCACUUGGACUCCUCUGUUGCCCCGGAUUCAAUCUCUGCCGUAGAGCCUUCUGCUCCGCUGCUCUCCAAUGCGACACGUGUCGACGUGCUACUGGCCAUUGCCGCCCGCGUGGCGUGCACCAUCUACUGGCGAUGGGCCAGGAGGAGAGACGCGCCCAGAUUCGUGGCGCAGCUGCUGACCCUGGCGCAUGGCACAGUGGGCAUGAGCCCGGAGCAGCUGCAGCGGGCUUUGAAGAUUGGGGAGCGCCUCUGGGGAUGGACCAUGCCCAGCCCUGCUUCCCUGCAGCAGCGCUGUGAGACGCCAGAGGAAGCGCGGGAGAUAAGGGAGAGCUGCAUCAUAUCAGCAUGGUACUCCACAUCGGCAUUCCGAGGGGAGGAGCCCAUUGAGCUCAUUGGCGCUCAGUGGCCCUACAGAUAGUGGCGCAGUGGCCCUACAGAUAGUUUGCACGUCCAGCAGUGCAGCAGGGAGGGAGAUAAGGGAGAGCUGCAUCAUAUCAGCAUGGUACUCCACAUCGGCAUUCCGAGGGGAGGAGCCCAUCGAGCUCAUUGGCGCUCAGUGGCCCUACAGAUAGUGGCGCAGUGGCCCUACAGACAGUGGCACAGUGGCCCUACAGAUAGUUUGCACGUGCAGCAGUGCGGCAGGGAGGGAGAUAAGGGAGAGCUGCUUCAUCUCAGCAUGGUACUCCACAUCGGCGUUCAGAGGGGAGGAGCCCAUCGAGCUGAUAGGCGCGCAGUGGCCCUACAGAUAGCUGCACGGUUACCAGUUAGUAUCAUGGAUACCAGGGAGUGGCACGGUCACCAGGGAGAGGCUGGGUUACCAGGAGCAGCUUGGUUACCAGGGAGCAGUUCGUUUACCAGAAGCACCUUUGUUACCAGGGAGCAGUUUGGUUACCAGAGGCAGCUUUGUUACCAGGGAGCAGCGGUUAACAGUAGCCCACAGGUGAUCCUAGAGUGGACUACAGUGGACUCGAGUGGCCUUACAGGUAGCCAAACUCGAGUGGCCUUACAGGUGCUGCAGUGUUACAAUAGCAUGGUCACCAGGUAACAGCAAGGACAAGAUGGAGCAGAGAGGUGCAGAGGCACUGACGAGCGUCGACCUUGACAAGACUAACCUGACACGAUGAGCAGAGGCGACUUUUGAGUCGACUCAGAGAUGAGCAGAGGCGUGUACAGGAGUGGCUCGAAACUUUCUUUCGUUGACAUAAGGAUCAAUGCAGCUACACCGCCCACCAGCUGUCGCAGCAACGGGUGGGCGGUUGGCAGCUACAGGAGCAGCAGCACCUUCGCGAGAAGCAAUGCAGUUGCUGGUUUGGACUUGUGCGACAAUGGCAUGGAAAUGCUGUGGCAGGGAGGGCCACUGUAAGACUUACGGCAGUAAGGAAUGGGAGCAGGAAUGGGGACCGGAGCUGAAUUGGGAGGAGAGCUGACCUGGGAGCAGGAAUGGCCUGGGAGGGGGUACAUGAGGCACGGAGGAGUCUUUUGACAAGUCACUGGGAUCUGUAAGAGGAUGACGAGUUAACAGGCUACCAAGCGGGGAAUCGCAUGGUGGGGAUGUCACUUCACUUGCAGCGAAGCUGCUUGUGAAGGGGAUGUCAAUAAGUGGAGCUGUUCCAAGGGAGGGCAGGCGUUGGGUCAGGUUGGGUUGGGUUGGGUUGGGGAGCGGGGUUGGAGGAAAGGGUGGAUUGAAAAUACCUACUCGGCACAUGGAGACUCUAUUAUAACGUCAGCACAGCAUGCUUACAUGUGUGCGUGCGUGUAUGCUCUCUAUUCAACUAAACGUAAUGUUCCCCU